CCGUCCCUGCUUUCCCUGCUCCGCGAUCGUGAUGCUUUGCUGGCACAGAUACAGCUCCGCACAGUUCUCCUGCGUCCCCAUCGCGCUACCCCAGCCAUACUUUAUGACACUGCCUUGUUGGAUGAGUAAGCACCUCUGGAAGAAUCAGUUGAGUGAAAUGGUGCAGCCCAGUGGUGGCCCAGCAGGGGACCAGGACAUGCAGGGUGAAGAAUCUUCUCUGGGGAAGCCGGCAAUGUUACAGCUGCCUUCAGAGCAGGGUACUCCUGAGACCCUCCAGCGCUGCCUGGAAGAGAACCAAGAGCUCAGAGAUGCCAUCCGGCAGAGCAAUCAGAUGCUAAGGGAACGCUGUGAGGAGCUGCUGCAUUUUCAGGUCAGCCAGCGGGAGGAGAAGGAGUUCCUCAUGUGCAAAUUCCAGGAAGCCAGGAAGCUGGUGGAGAGACUGAGCUUGGAGAAGCUUGACCUGCAGAGGCAGAGGGAACAGGUCUUAAAGGAUUUGGAGCACCUGAAGAAAUGCCAACAGAUGGCUGAGGACAAGGCCUCUGUGAAAGCCCAGGUGACAUCAUUGUUAGGGGAACUCCAGGAGAGCCAGAGUCGCUUGGAGGCUGCCACCAAAGAACGACAAACUUUAGAGGGAAGGAUGCGAGCAGUUAGUGAGCAGGUUAGACAGCUGGAGAGUGAGCGGGAGGUGCUGCAGCAGCAGCACAGCGUGCAGGUGGACCAGCUGCGCAUGCAGAACCAGAGUGUGGAGGCUGCCCUGCGAAUGGAGCGCCAGGCUGCUUCAGAGGAGAAGCGGAAGCUGGCUCAGUUGCAAGCAGCGUAUCAUCAGCUCUUCCAAGACUAUGACAGCCACAUCAAGAGCAGCAAGGGAAUGCAGCUGGAAGAUUUGAGGCAACAGCUCCAGCAAGCUGAGGAGGCCCUGGUUGCCAAACAGGAAUUGAUUGAUAAACUGAAAGAAGAAGCUGAGCAACACAAGAUUGUGAUGGAGACUGUGCCAGUCCUAAAGGCCCAGGCGGAUAUCUACAAGGCUGACUUCCAAGCUGAGAGGCAUGCCCGGGAAAAGCUGGUGGAGAAGAAGGAGCUUUUGCAGGAACAGCUGGAGCAGCUGCAGCGCGAGUACAGCAAGCUGAAGGUUGGCUGCCAUGAGUCAGCCAGGAUUGAGGAUAUGAGGAAGCGACAUGUAGAGACUUCCCAGCCCCCUUUACUCCCUGCUCCAGCUCACCACUCCUUUCAUCUGGCUUUGCCCAACCAGCGGAGAAGUCCUCCUGAGGAACCACCUGACUUCUGUUGUCCCAAGUGCCAGUAUCAGGCACCUGAUAUGGACACUCUACAGAUACAUGUCAUGGAGUGCAUAGAGUAGGAACAGCAGAUGUAAGGCCACUUGUAAUACCAUGUCCUGAACUAUGCAACCUGUGCUUUCCUGUUUCACCUGCAUAGUCCACAAUUAAGGGCUUGUUGUCAAAGAGCUGGCCCCAGGACCUAGUUGGAUCCUUGCUUUAGCCCUUAGGCCUGCUAGUUCUGCACUGGGAUAGACAGCCCCAGUCAGGGCUGUGUUUUCCCCUUUUCUUCUGUGUGCCUGAGUCAGUUGCCUCUGUAGCUUCUUCCUCCCUCCUGUAUUCUCCUAGGAAGUCUAGAAUGGAGGUCAGGGGCUCUCAGGGAGCAUCCCUUCUCCAAGCAGGGCUGGGUGCAGCUCUUCCUCCAGCUGGUGCCUUAUUGCCCUGAGCUGCAGCCUGCCCUCCCAGGGUAUGUGCCACUUAGGGCCAUAACAUGUGUUGCCUCUGAUGGACAUUUGGGAAGUAUUCCAUCUUUUUGCUACCGUAACUAAUGGUGUAGUGAAAGUACUUGUACACUGAUCUAUGUGUACCAUUAAGACAUAUGCUUAGACAUAACAUUGGAGCCUUGCCGUGGAGGAGGUUGGUCCACCUUUGUGUUUCUGCCAUCUGCUAGACAUGUUGUUCUUUACUAAAGAGUGUGCUUAAGUGUCUUUUUCUGGUGUAUGUGGGCCCUUUUUAAUUCUGCUGAUGUAACUUGGAUUUGCAUAUUUUCUACCCACUUUUCUGUCUCAUCAUUGCCAUUUGUUCCUGGGGUGCUCUUUGAUCAUGAGUCAGAUUAGCUCUUGUCUAUCACAGAAAGUGCACAACUUGUUCCACUUUGAUUGUGUUACCGUUUUGGGUCCUGGAAGCUGUUUAUGUACUCAUGUCCAUUCUUUACUCCCAUAUUUUGGCUUUGGAGUUAUGACUGCUUUGUGAUCUGACAUAAGGGUAUUUCACAUACAUGCUUUUCUUGUUCUAGCCCCAGUGUGCUCUUCUCUUUGGAAAGCACAUUGUUGUCUUGUGUGAAUGUUGGUUUCCAUAGUUCAUCACACUCGAGAAGUUUGUGAUGGCAUGUUCUCCACUAGCCCAGAUAAUUCUGUCUUGGGAACCAUUUAGUAGUGACUGGCAGAUUGUGAACAAGGUUCUAGCCAUUUUCUGGGACCUUACAGUCAUUGGUAUUAGCCUUGCUAUUCUAGUAAAGUAAAGGAAGUUGGAGUUGAGAAAGCAAUAGAUGUGCCUUGCUGACUCCUCAGGCCUGAAACCCUUUCUGCCCUCCUGCAAGCUUUCAUGUUUCUGAGUGGGAUCUGUAAAUCAAUCCCUGCCUGGGCUUUAUUCACAGGGCUUCUUGCCGAUUAAGAGAGAGAAGGUUGAGUAGAAUUAGGAUUUAAAAAGUAAGCCUGAGCUGGGGGCUUCCUCAGAAUUUCCUGUUUCCUAAUUCCCAGGUAUCUAUCAGACAGAUCUUUGGGGAAAUGUUAAAGGAAUAGACAUGUUCUUUGCUCAUGAACCCUUCAUUUAAAUACCUAAUUUAAUUUUCCUUCAGGACUGCUAUUGAUUUGGUUUGAUUUAGUUCAGUUUUGUGGUGGCCAAUGACUUUCCUAUAGCUGUCCUAAAAAUUCCCAGAGGCUUGAAGCAGCAAAAGAAUCACUCUUUUAUGUCUGGAAGUCAGAUAUUAAAUUUCUUCUGAGAAUCAAUUCCAGGCUUUCUCUCAGCUCUUGGUAGUUUUUGGCAGUCCUUGGUGUUGCUUGGCUUAUAGACCCAUCACUCCAAUCUCUGGUUCUAGGGCCUAAUGGUCUCUUCCUCUACACCAAAUUGUAGAUGUGGGGUCUAUCUGGUAAUUAAGAAGCUCAAGACUCUUGCCUCACUACACCUUCCAUGACCCUUUUCCCAAAUAAAGUCAUGUUCUCAAGUUCUGAGGGUUUGGGCUUACACAACCCAGAGUAGGGAUAUCAUCAGAACCUGAGUGCAGCCCAAAGGCAGGACUCUAGGGUGAUGGUGACUGCUAGGCUUCAGAAUUUGGAGGAGGUCCCUUCCUUCUAGGUGCUAUGCUCCUAGCAGGGCCAGUGGGUGUGACUGAGAAAGGCAGGUUGGCUGUAGCAGGAAAGAGCUGUUUACUUCUUGAAGUAGCUGUAUGGGCUUCAUGCUUCUUGGAUAAAUAGAGAUACAUAGGUACAUUUCUGACCAGUACUUUAUCCUGAAAGUGGUGCAGAAAGCUGGUGUUGACCCAGGUUGCACAGCAGGAUCACCUAGAAGCCUUGAAAGCUUGAAAACAUUCUGGCUUGGGCUCCAUAGACUGGUCAAGCCAAAAUCUGAGGGUGGCCCCAGGCAGUGGCUGGGAUCUAGUACCUUUCUCAGAAGGUGGGAGCUCUUGACACCUCCUUACCCUGAAGUAUAAUGGGCAAUUAACCACACAUUAAAUACCAAGGAUCUGGGAUCCUACCAUCUUCCCUGACGUGGGACAUGCUUCUUUCUUUUCUGGAAUUAUUUAAUUAGACCUGGAAAAACUAGUUGUUGGUCCUUAACCCCUCACACAAGGGAAUUAGCCUAUUUGCUUUUAUGAGCUAUGGCCCCUAGCAGACAGCUUCUGGAUCCAGACAUCCAGAAGCAUAUUCUUCCCCAGAAGUCCUAUUACUGUUACUUAUGCUCUCUUCCUGUUGACCCAUGACCAAGAGAAAUCCAGAGAAACAGCAAGACAGUGCAGAGUACUUCACCCACUGCAGUAACAAAGGAUAAGGUGUAGAUUGUAGGUAGAGAUGAUGUCAAAAUAGGAACAGUUGCAGCACUGUGUGUGAUACCCUCAGGCAUGGUGAGGCCUUGAAGUGUUUCCCUUUUCAAGGGAGGCUGUUUGGUGAGAUGGAACAAGCACUUUGGAAACAUUCUCAGCCCUCUUUAUAUGACAACUUCGUCCUCACAGUGACUAUUUCAUUGGAGUGGCUCUCAUGGCCACCAUCAUUUGUCACUACCAAAGGCUGUGAUGAAAUAGGCCAUAUAUCUGAUGACAUAGGCCUGCAUAGCCAGCAUUUUGAACAUUUUGUUGCAUGGAACAUUUUCUGUAGUAUGGUAUAAAAAGGCCAGAGGAUUAAAUUAUGCACAAAAUAUGAAAUAAAGAAGACCUGUAAGCAUGCACCCUGUCCUCACUUAGUGGAUGUAUGGGCAGAAUUGCCAGUAACAGAGUUUUUUUGGUGCUAUUUCUAUGUCUUUAAUUCUGAUGCAUUAUAUAGGAAGUAGCUGUUGCAUACAACUUUGAGGUUUCCUCUGUCUAUGACUGAUACAACAGAGUGGUGCAAGGGGCCAAGUCAACUAACAUGGGGCCUGGAUUUCCUGUGACUGCAGCAACAAAGUACCACUCGUUGGGGGCUUAGGCAACAGAGAUUUCCUGUCCCCCUGUUUUGGAGGGCAGAGAUCUGAGAUAAGUAUGGGCAGAGUGGGUUCCUCAUAAGAGAUAACCCAUUCCAGACCCCUUUCCCAUUGUGUAGUAGGUCCCAGCAAUUCUUAGUGCUCUCUGGUUGGACCUGCAUCUCAGAUUCUGCUACUUUUGUCACAUGGUCACCUUGUGUUUCCUUUUUAUAAGCACACCAGUGUCAAACAAAGGUGGCUAUUUGGUAAUACAAAAAACAUUUUGUUCAGUAUUUAGUGAUGGAAAGAGCCAAUCUGCAGAGAUAGUCAUAGAACAGCAUGAGGAUUUUAGGUAUGGAGCUGUGGCCAACAUCAUGGAGAGAGGAAGAGGCAUCUAUCUAGUCACUGCUGGGGUUUUGGCUUCACACCCUGGUACCUGGGCCAUGUAUCUACUACUGGGAGAACAAGGGAAAAGGACAUCAGAGUUGUGAGAGAAGCAGUUCAGCGUUCAAUUCUGAUCUAGCCAGGUUCAGUGCAAGAUGUCUUGGGUACCUUCAUCUUGCCUUGACUGUUAGGGGUGGAUUCACAUUGAGACUGCAGGCUUUUAGUUAUCCAUUGUUUACUGUCAACCAGUGUGAUCAGGUAAAUCUGUUUCCACUUUGCUUAAUGUACUCCACUGAUUUUCUGUUGCUUCAGGUAUAAACUCUAUCCUCAGCCUUAUGUUGCUCUAAUUUCAUGUCAUCUUCCCUAAAAGCCCAGCCAUUCUACACUGAACCUUUUUUCCCCUCAAACCCAUUAGCACUUCUGUGCCUUAAGGCCUUUGCCUCUGUUGGUUGUCUCCUUUGCUGAGAAGGCUGUCUCCUAAUCUUCACAGCUGAUUUCUUUUUGUCAUUCAGAUCUAAGUAUAAACAAAAGUUCUUUAAUUCGAAGUCUUUAUCCUAAAUCACAUUGCCUUGUUUUAAUCACAUCAAAACCUUCUCUAUUCUGCUGUUUCUUUCCUCCCACUAGAGGGAGACAGAAGCCUUGUCAAUCCAAUUUAGUAACUUAUACAGGAAGACCUCAGCACAGGGAUACUGUGUUUACUGAUGGCUGAGCUUGUCUGACAUGACAUCAGGAUUCCUCUGCCAAUAUUUUCACAGACAUCAUCUGUCACCAUAAUUGGUGACUUAUAGAAGUUAUUAUAUUAAUGUACUAGGAAUAAUAGUACAAAAAUCUUAUUUUAGAACUAUACAUUUUUUUGGUGCUGAGGAUGGAACCCAGGGUCUUGCACAUGCUAAGCAUGCAUACCACCACUGAGCUACAAUCCCACUUUAUCAGCUUUUCUCUGUAUCCCCCUACCCCUCUCUCUGUAGUCCCAUUCUGUAGCCCUGCCUAGCUUGGAACUUACUAUGUAAUCCAGGAUGCCCUUGAACUUGCAGCCAUCCUAUUGCCUCAGUGUCUCUCUUCAGUUCUAGGAUUAAAAAUAUGUUUCACUUGUGCUCGCUUCAGCUGCACAUAUACAAAUAUGUUCCACUAUGUCUGACCUUUUUCAUUUUGUUCAGAAUUUGAAUGGGUAUCUGGGCACAAUGAUACACACAAUUCUGACCCUUGAGAGGAAGAGGUAGGGAGAGUACCAUGAAUUUGAGACCAGCAUGGACACAAAGCAAGACUUGGUUUCAGAUAGGGAAAAACAUGAUAUGAAAGGAUGGAUCAUGUGAUCUUCAUAAUAUAUACUUAAGGAAACAGAUUCUGAAGUCAUAGGGACAAGUUUCAGUCUGAACAUUAAUGAAAUCCCUGAGCCUUGGCUUCCUCAUCUGUGAAACUGUAGAUUAAUUUUAGUUUAGACCCAAGUCUAGAUUUUACAUUAGGUUUUGAGCUGGAAUGAAAGUCAGUUGGACCUGUCUAUGAUAGAGCAUGAACUUGAAGUUGAAGCAGGAUGCUAAUGAGUUCCAGGAUAUCUUAGGCUACAUAAUAAGGCUCUCUCUCAUAUCACAAACAAAAAGUCAACUGGUGAAUCCCUGGGGAUGGGUGGGAUGAGGAGAGAGUGAUAGCGGACACAAGGUUCUUUGGGGGGAAUGGGAAUGUUCUGAAAUUGGUCACAGUGAUGAUCAUACAUCUGUGAAUAUGUUACAGACCAUUAAAUUGUAUACUGCAGAUGAGUGAAAUGUUGUAUGUGGAUUAGACCACAAUAAAACUGGCAUUUAAAAUGUUA